UUUCCCUACAGCGGGUACGUUUACGCCCUACUUCCCUCCUCCCCUUUGAUUGCGCCAGCCGUCACAGCGCCAUGGCUGCGCGAGUAGCUGCGCGGCUGCUAAGGGCUUCCGCCGGCGCUGCUUCCGCGCCCAAGCGUAUCCUGUUCCCCGCGUCCUCUUCCCGCUCAUCGCUUGUCCAGCCUUCCCCACCACUCCCUCACUCCCGCGCUUUUUCCCGCACCGCCAGUCACCAGUCACCGAUCUCUCAGAUAUCGCCUGCAGCCACGCGACUGCGCGACAGCUUGAUCUGUUUUGAGAGCGCGUGGCAGCGGCGAUGGCUCUCGUCAGAUCCAAGCAAAGGCCCCCCUGAUAUGGCAUUCUCAACAGGUUCGGAAGUAGUAGGUUCGGCAGGCGCAGGCUCGGGAAGCGCAGACCCAGCAGAGAAAGAUUUGGGAGAGGAUACAGUAGCGGCGGAGGUAGCUGGCGCGGGGGAGCAGGUGGGGGAGGCGGAGUGGGGGACGUACCACGACCGGCGCGUGGCGGUGCGGAGCUUCAGCGGGGAGGCGCGCGGAGAGGCGGUGCUGGACGGGACUAUAUUCGACGUGCCUAUAAGGAAGGACAUCGUUCACCGCGUGGUGUGCUGGCAACUCGCCAAGAGGCGGCAGGGCACGCACAGCACCAAGAGGGUGGGCGAGGUGCGGGGGUCGUCCAGCAAGCCGUGGAAGCAGAAGGGCACCGGGCAGGCGAGACACGGGUCGCGCAGGGGACCGCAGUUCCGAGGCGGUGCCACCAUGCACGGCCCCAAGCCGCGCUCGCACGCCUUCUCGCUCAACAAGAAGGUCCGCGCGCUCGGACUCAAGGCGGCGCUGUCUGCUCGAUUGAGAGAAGGGCAGCUUGUGCUUUACUCUGAUUUGAAUCCGGGCAGCCCGAAAACAAAGGACAUGGCGCAGCACAUUGCCAUGGCGUUUCCUGAUUCGAAGAAGAUCCUCUUUGUCGAUGGUUCACAACGGGCAGAUGAAACUUUGCUCCGGGCAUCUGGGAACCUGCAUUAUGUGAACGUGCUGCCAGUUGUGGGGCUAAACGUGUACAGCAUCCUGCAGCACGACGCACUCGUGGUGUCGCUGCCAGCAGUGCGCGCAUUGGAGCAUCGCCUCUUGUCCAGCAAGCACCCGGCGCUCCCAGCUCUAGAGGAGAAGCCCAGCGCUGCUGCAGCUGCUGCUCAGUGAGCGGGUGAAUCGACUCGUCUCCUUGAGGAUUUUCUUGUUUUCUGGUACAGUACCCCCCAGGGUUUCAUGCUGCCGAUGUUGAGGACGUUAUUUGAGAAGCAGGAAUCAAAUGCACAAGAAACGGAUUCUGUGUGGCAGUUUGCCGUGCCACAAGCCUAGUCUCUAAUCAGCUGGCAUUAGUUCUUGGCCAUUUUGUUUUUGUAGAGAUCGUAAGGCACCCACUAUAUUGAGAUGAGAACAGGGACAUGCCACGACCUGCUGCUGGGCCAUACCCUCAU